AUGGUCCCACCCCCAGUUGACCCUGUUCUUUUACGUGAACAUAGUUUUCAAGAUACUGGUAAUUUGGUUACUGUGUUGAAUCCAGAUACCUUUUACCAUACAGGAUUUAAGUCCACUAGAAAUUAUGGUCUUGGUUAUAUGAAUUACAAUUUAGGUUUGAAAGACGAUGUUUAUGAAAAAUCCUGGUUACAUAUAUUUCGAUCGCAUAUUUAUGAUAAAUUCACACUGUAUUUGAUAUUAUUACUUUUGAGUGUCAUCAUAUGGUUUAUAAUAUUUUUAACAGAUGUGGAAUCAAUUUCUGAUUUGUUCCAAUUGAGACACUCCAAAGGUUCUUUUAGGAGAUAUAGAAAGAUGAAGGGCAAAGUUGAUGAGGAUGUGAUCGAAGAUGACAAUGAUAUUGAAUACCACCAUGUUAAAGUAUGA